AUGAGCCACUCUCCGAGUGAGCCAUGCCCCCCGAAAGAGGUAAUUCGACCCAAGAGCCACAACACAGCGGCAGCAGAUCUCAGUAGGGAUAAUAUUGCCAAGGAUAAGUUCAAGAAGAGUCUAAGUGAAGAAAAGAGCGGCAAAAAAAAUACCAAGAUCCAGUAUGAUGAUGGGAAUCCAGAAAUCACUUUUUUUGUGAACAAGGAAAAUUUAAAAAUAGCGAAAUAUGCCUGGAGAGUCGAAAAUCCAAAGGCAUAUGUAUUCGCCUUGCAUGGAAUAACUUCCCAUUUGAGAAAUGAAUACCUGAAUUAUAUGGGUAGACCACCAUGGGUUGAUGAGAAGCAACAGAAAGGAGAAAUGGGUAGCUGUGGCAUUGGCAGUGAGUAUGACAUUAUGCAAGGUAACAAUUUCAACUGUUGGGACGGAACUCAGCCUGUCAACAAAUCUGAGUGGAAGGAUGAUAAAGGGAAGCUUAUGCAUGGUGAAGGGGGCGAUAAUUUUGUAAGCCUACCUGAGGAAGGCAGGAACCUUGCUAGGGGAGGGGCGGAAGUCGGAAUCAGCGACAGGGGCGAUGCUGAUGAAAAGCUCAUCACAGGUAAGGGCCUAAAUGUGGUUGCAAAUGCUGGAAUAAGCGGCGAGACACAACCAUUUCUGCACUCGAACAGCGCGAACAAUGAUAACGAAAAAAUCAAGCAGGAGAAAAAAAAGAAAAAAAAAAAAAAAAAAAAAAAAAAAGAAAAGGAAAGAAGAAGAAAAAAAGGAGGACUCUCCCACAGCUUUGAAGAUGACGGAAGUACAGUUGGGUGCUCAUUUAACAAAAUUCUCCAAACCAAUUGGACGAAGGACAUGAAAAUUAUAACCGAGACAAACAACAUCCUGUAUGAUUAUUGUCAACCGAGAGAGGAUAACUGUUCAGGGGCUUCAUCUUCUUGUGACUCCUCGGAUUAUGGAGAAAAAAAAAAUCUCGAGAAAAAGCUAACUAUGUUUUUGUCCUGUUCCUCUUGUAUUACCAACAUAAACGAGGGUGCAAACCACUUAAAUAGCAAAUUGAAUUUUGGGGGCAAAGAAAGCGCUAGCUACCCUAUUUAUAAUAACAAUGGUGCAGGUGGUUGCCCUGAGGAAAACACUGGCCCUGAUGGGAACUAUUCCAAGCAAAUCAAUCUGAACAGUAACAGCAACGACAACAACAGCGAAGAGAGUAGUAGUAAUGACAGCAGCGAAGAUACGAGUAGCGAUGAAGACAUAAUUGAUGACGAAAAUGUUUUGCUACCAAACAAAUCUGAUUCUCAUGUGAAUUACGAUUCUAGUGUCUACUACUGUUCCAUGUGUGGCAUAUGCAACUACUGCAACUGUGGGGUAAGAACACUCUCUUAUAAAAAUAGCUGGAUCGAAAAGUUCAAUCAGAAUGGGUUCUCUUUUUUUGGUAUUGAUAACCAAUCUCAUGGACUCUCGGAGGGGGUUAAAAAUCAUCGGUGCUAUGUAGAAGAUUUUGAGAACUUCAUAGAGGACACACUUCAAGCGUUAGAAAUUUUCAUUCAGGAAUGGAAAGAGAAGGAUGAGUUAAAGCCUAUUAUCAUUAUGGGCUUGUCCAUGGGUGGAUGCAUCGCGCUGAAAACGAUGGAAGCCAUCUUUCGACUGAACAAGGAAUGGAAAAGUUACGUCAAAUCUCUCGUUCUUGUUUCUCCAAUGAUUAGUUUAGGGAAGCAGAAGAGUAAAAUCAGCAACAGACUGCUCAUAUCGGCUACGAAAUUUUUAAAAUACUUUUUUCCUCUCCUCCCGGUAAAUGUAAAGGAAGGUAAUGCUAUGUACCCUUGGAUUAAACAUGAUAGCGAAAUUGACCCCCAUCAGUAUUGUGGACCUCUCCGGAUAAAGAUAGCUGCCGAGUGUGUGAGUGCCGCAGAUAGUUGUUUAACUUAUAAAAACUUAAAGCACAUCGAAGAAAGCGACAUUGACAUUAUGGUGAUUCAGUCGAAGAAUGACUGCCUGGUAGAUCCCAUUGGAGCCAUUGAUUUUUUGAGGAAAAUGAUGCGCCUACACAGUAGGAGAGAGAGAAGACAGAAUGCAUCUAUGUUAGAUGCAGAAAGAAUUCGUUUGGCCAAUUCUGCUUUUUCCACGGAAAUCAAUGAAAAGAAGAAGGAUUCCGUAGGACCUAUCAACUCUAUGUUCAUCGACAGUUCGUGCAACCCUGGGCAGAACGACCUAAGCGGCGAACCGUCCUCUAUGGCACUUCACCGUGAAAGCAGUGAAAACAUGGUCGCAACUGCACAGAUAAUUGGUCAAAGUACAACGGAUGGGAAGAUAUCCACCCAGAAGGACGAGAGGGUAGUGGGAAAAUGCAGGAGCAUUAGCUUUACUACAAAUAGUAAUAACCUCCCAACAGAGAGGCAAGCAUUACUGCACAAUAAGAGGAAAGAAUACUAUCCCCCCAUGCUUUCUAAGUCUUCCUUGUCUAUUGAAUCCUCCAGCCGAAUACUAAGGAAUGAGAGCAACUUGUCGAUAGGCAGUUCCGAAAAUGAUGUCAGGGGAGAAAAAGGCAUAUGGACUUCCUUUGACCACGGUUACUAUAAGUCAUUCAAUUUGAAAAAACUAAAGAGCGUUCACGGGAUGGUGGACCCCCAGGGGGAAGAGCAGUAUAAGAAUAUCAGUGUGUACAUUUUAAAAUACGGCUACCAUACGCUUCCUGGAGAGCCCCAAAGCCGCGAGACUGUCACGCUGCUGGUCGAUUGGCUUAACCGUAUAUGCAGCUGA